UUUAAGAGUUUGUCACUUCUCGUGGGCGGAGAAGUGUUUACACCAACAAGAGUUUAAUCUGCGCAAACAGAGCGAAGCAUCUGGGUCUCAUUAGCGGUGAUGGCUCUUCUUCAUCGCACCCCGCGCUUCGUGUUUUAUUUCAUGCUCUCAGAUCGGCACACUUUAACACAAAAAUACCGCCUGCUGCCGCUUUAAGGGACGGAUUACAUAAGCGCCCCUCACGCUCUGAUUUAGGCUGAGUGUCAGAUCGGCAGCUCGGCGGUGGCAACAGGUGUGUUUCCUCAACACGCUACCCGGCACAUAUCAGAUCCUGUCAAGAUACGGGGAAAAAGGGCAACAAAGCAGAACCAGCAGCUAAAAACUCACGAUGCAGGUGGAGCUCCCUCCGGCAGCCAGCAGACACACAGCUGCAGAUGUUGCAUCAUCAGACGCAGAAGGUUUUCCUGAGCAGACGGUGUGUGUGGCAGAGUUUCAGCUCGAGUGGAAGUGACUGAGUGACUGAGUGACUGAGUGAGUGGCUGUCAUGGAUGACAGGGGAAAAGAUGCCGAGGAACCUCCCUACCAGAGCCUGCUUCUCCUGGGAGCCAUUGCGGCAGCGUCUGCCUUCGUGGUCACCAUCCUGAUUGUCCUCGUCUGCGUUGGCUGCCAAAGAAAAAGCAAGACCAAGCACCCUCCAGCCGGAGAGAAAGGGACAUCUGUAAAUAUGCAGGGCACACUCCGCCAUCCCAAACUGAACUCCAUGAGCAAAUCGGACACCAGGCUGCACGAGAUCAAUCGCUUUCCCUGCAAUGGAAACUCUGUUGGUAAGAGCCGUCCAGCCAGUAUGGACCUCCUGCUCCUGCACAGUCGCUGCUCCCAGACAGACCUGAGGCCCUCCCAUGGGCGCCAGCUACCCCAGAUCCCCACCAGUCCCCAGGGAUCUGGCCACGGGGAGGGAGGGGAGACGGGAGGAGAAGCGGGAGGAGGAGGAGGAGGAGGAGGAGGAGGAGGAGGAGGAGCAGGGGCAGGAGUAGUGGAGGCCAGAGACCACACAUAUACCGAGGUGGGCCUGCGCAACAACCCCACCCCGACCCACGGCCUGGACGAUGGCCUGUACGAGAGUGUAGGCGUGCGGGAGGGGGACACGGGCCCCAAGGUGCCCUCUGCCCCGCCGUCCACAUCAUCCAACACGCCAGCUUUAGUGAGGGCUGCCCAGAGCCCGCCAGCUCAUUCCAACGGAGGCCGCAAUGGAAACGGGCUCGGGAAUGGAGGCAGAGGGAACGGCAGAGGGAACGGCAGAGGGAACGGCAGGGGGAACGGCAGAGGGAACGGCAGAGGGAACGGCACCAUUAAUGGUCCGCUGAAUGGAAGAGGCAAUGGGGUGAGCGCCGUCACUAGCUCCCCUCUGUCCUCUGUUAAAUCCCUGGCCAUUCAAGAACCGACUGCAGCCGAGUACGCGUCCAUACGCAAGUUCAAACAGGUUGACAAGACGAGCAGGAAGGAAAACAACGGGGCCGACAGCCAGUCAGACAGCCAGUCGAGCGUGAGCGACUCACCCUCCGCUGCUCCUCCUCCCCUGCAUCGCAGUCAGGAGUUUCCACGCAAGCCGCUGGAGCCGUUCCACCUGCACUCCUUCCCAAAGGAGGCCGUGUUCAUGGGCAACGGGGAGCAGUACAUCUGGAAGCCUCCGGAGGACGAUGACAUCAUCACCUUGCACCCACCUCCACUCCGUGGCGAGAACGGGCAGGGGCACCCAUCUCCCCCAACUGCAAAGGAGAUUGCAGACACCUACUCCAUUGUGUGUAAAUCCCAGAAGAAGAAAGCUCCUAUGGAAAACAACGGAGCUAAGACCCUCCCGCGCUCCUUCGGUGGGGAUAGGGGAAACCGGGGUCGAGGCAGAGGAGUCCAGGGGCCGGCACGUUCCCAAGAGGAGCCCUGCUAUGAGUCGGUUGGAGACAGGUCCUGGUCCACAUGCGCAAUGGCCGAGUCUGACCCCGCGUACGCUACCAUCGACAGCCACCGGAAACGUGAGCAGGGGGGAACCAAUAACGGCACACCAGGGGGCAGUGCCACUCUGAAGAGAAAGAAGCAGGUGCCGCCACCACCGCCGCCGCCACUGCCGCCGCAGCUUCCGCUUCCGCAGCAACAACAACAACAACAACAACAACAACAACAACAACAGGAGCAGCAGCCGCAACAACAGGCAGCACCAGCGGCACCUCAGGGCUCAGGACCCGCCGCCCCGCCUGCUAGAGGCCUGCCUGGUGGGGAAAACUUCUAUGAGAGCAUCAGUGAUGUGAAACAAGGGGGCAACAGCGCCAGCACCACCACCAUCUUCACCUUCAAUGAUGGGAUGGAGAUGUACGUCACUGGCCUGUAGCUUGCUGACAGUCAGAAGAGCCCCAGAAGCCUGAGGGCUUGAUAGAACAUACAAGUUCUAUCAAGCCCUCCUGAGUCAGGAACGGGACCCUGUUCACCUGCCAGCAGGUUACUGUACAUAGAUACAAAGCCCUCUAUAGACAAACAACAUGAGGAUUCCAUUUUUGUGUUGACAUCAGGUAUAAACAGGGUCUUAAUCCAGGUUCAGACUUCCUUUGAUUGGUCUGCAUUUCAGAACCAGCCUAAGCCUAGUCCAGCCCAAAUAUGGACCAAAAUCAUUUGAACAACCAAGAAAAAAAACAAAGAAAAGAAAACUGGAAUUAACUGUACAACUUAAACCUACUGUCACUGACCAUACUCACCUGUCUGUGCAUCAUUUUCCAUAAUAUCUUUAUUUUUAUAAGAACACCGUACUCUUUAAAGAGUAUGUGAUGAAAUUCACAACAUGAGAGAAAAAAAAAACACUUUAAAAUAUGUAUAACUAAAGAAAUGUGCAUGCAUUGGGCAAACUCGAACACAACUGGACAUAAAGUGUAGUAGCAAGGAGCCUGGAUGUAUUAAGAGUGUAAGGCACAAUGAUAGCUAUUGUCACCCAUAAUCACACACAACCACAAGCACACACACACACACACACACACAAAGACACACACCCAUAGGCCUCAUCUUGGUGAGGCUUAUGUAAUAUAAGCAGAUGGAUGUUAGAGAGAUUUGCUGUGCUUAGCUCUCACUAAGCAAACAUCUGAAACAGGUUCUCGGUGCACAGUGGCCUAUUGCCUGGCCGACUGCAUUGUGGUGCCUUGUUCAAACAUAGCCCACAUAAUUUGUAGUUCUCCUUAAGCAAAGAGGCCAGUAAAGCCUUUUGUCACAGUUACACAAAUUACCUUCAGCGUGCCCUACAUGUAUUAGCAAUUACCAAUAACAGCCCUUGUGAUAUAUAUGACAAGGGACUUCUUGCGCAAUAAAGGUCAUUAUGAGAUUAGUUAACAAUCGGUGCUCAGAUUUGACAAACAUCUGUAGCCAGAGGCAUGAUGACACACCUCAGCACACACCCACACGGAUACACUCAGACUUGGCGGAGUCAUACAGGGUAAAGUGAUCAGGUCAGGGGCAUCGAGUGGGUGACAGAUUUCACAAUGUGAGAUGUUUACUGUAUUACUGGGGUCAACUGAGAGAAGAAUAUUAAGAGCUACAAAUAAAUAAGGAAGUGAAAGUGUCCAAAAUAGCACAGGAUGUUUCAUGCCAUGCAGUUAAUAUGUCAUAACAUUUUGGCUUGGUUUCAGGACCAUUUUAAUUUUGCACUAGUCAGCUGCAGGACUGGUUUGCCUAAUCGUGCAUUAGUGUGCUUUAAAGGGUGUUUCCAAAACGCCGUCCUGAUUCUCUCCCAUGGUCUCAAGACAGAACCAGAGUGGCCCUGCAGCUCACCAGACUUAAGUCUGAUGGUUGAAACAGCAACAGAAGCCUCGGGCUCCAAGAAAAAUAAAGAGCUGGCCACGAAAAUUGCCAGCGAGUGUCCUUUGGAAGGUUGCCCCUCGCCCUAUCCCCCACCCUCGUCUCCAGCCUCUGAGUUCUCUCCCAUUGUAAACUAUGUCUUUCCCAUGUAGAUUUGGGGAUCAUUAAAGCAGCGGAAGAAAACAAAACAUUAGAGCCUUAAUAACUGGGCAUAAAGAUAAGAGUUGGAGAGGGAUACAAACUGCUCACAGGCUGAGAGACGGAGGCCACGUUAGAAUGAGCUCCCUGAGACAAACAUGAGAAAACAAAGAAAAAACGGGUUUUAAAAUGUUAGUAGCAUACGCUCACAAAUGCUACUGUGUCUGAAAGUAUGUAAAAAUAAUUGCACUCUGUAUUUUAUGCACUGUUUCUUUUUUUUCUUACCUACUGAAAAUACCAUUGGUUAAAUAGCUCAUGCCACUGCCAUAAAAACAGUAUGUUUAUGUUGUUGGUGCAAUUUUUUCUGCUUGAUCAAAAAAGUGCAUGCUUUGAUAUAUGGAGAUGAAAACAAAUAUUGUGGUACUUAAUUGAUCUCUUGUUCGUUGAACUUUUCUGUUGUACUUUUUUGCCGCGUGAUGCAAAGCAGCAUUCUACUUUCUCUUUUUUUCAAAGCAUCAACUCGGAAGAAGAGAGAAGAGAACGAGAGAGAGAGAGAGCGAGAGAGACAGCACAGAGAGUUUAUGGCAGAGAAUUGUUUAUCCUCCCCUCUGGUGGAGCAAGACAGAGCGAUGGAGGUGGGGGAGGGAGAUGAAGAACAGCUAGUGUGGAGUUGGAUGAGGAUCGCUGCAAAUGGACAUGGAUCCAAAGGACCCGCCUCCUCCCCAUAGCGUGUGUACACUCAUACACUGGCAGGCAGGCAGGCAGGCGCACACACACACACACACACACACACACACACACACACACACACACACACACACACACACACACACACACACACACACACACACACACACACACACACACACACACACACACACACACACACACACACACACAUUGAGCCAUGUGCGUUUUCAGUUUGGGGAAGAAGCACAUUUUGCUUCCACUUGGUCGACCCUUGCAUACACUCCUCCCCCGGCUGUGUUCAGCCUCCAGUAACCGACACAGGCCUCUCUCUUCUCUGCUCCACCUCGCUCCCUCGCUGUGCAGGGGAGUGGCGUUUGAUGUCCAGUUCUGAGGGACUCUGGGGAGUGAUAUGAGGGAGGGGGGAUAUUGGGAGGGGGUGGAGACAGAGGCUGUGGGUCAGGCUAACCCCACGUCUGAUAUGAACGAUGCAACAGCAGCUCAACCACUGUCUGAUAUGAGAAAUGGCUAACAGCUGAGACGCUUAACAAGCUCUGUUGAGGCUGCCUUUAGACAACGCUGGCAGGAAAUCACUAUCACACUUAAUCCUUCUCCUCUGGCUGUCACUUUACGCGUCACCUUUUCUUUAUCCUAAAAGAAAGCACUGAUCUGAUAUAUUUUUUGCUGAGCACUGUCACACGCCGAUCAAGACGGACGAUCAUUGCACAAUCAAAUACAGUAUGAUGAUGUAAAUGUGUAAAAAAUACUCUGUUGCUGUCCUGAUGUUGUUCCAAUGUGACAUACAGUAUACAGUAUAUUUGUUGAAAAAAAGAUGGUUAUCACAGACACAAUGUACUUUGUGGAUGCAAAGUGUUUCAUGCUUUCGAUGCAGAUACAGAUGCUGUUUGUUAAUCGUCUUCAGCUAUAACUAUGGGCCAAUACUGCUGUGACAGCUGUAGCCAAUGUUGUAUGUACUUAAAGCACAGGGUUUAGUCUAAAAAUAGCAAAUAUAAUAAAAAAAAUAUAGUGACAGUGCAGAUAUGCAAAAGAUUGUAAUGUUUUAUAUUAACCUUCAUAAAAUAUUUAAGUGAGUUUUUACUUUUCUAAUAAAGUGGCACAUUAUAACGCG